AUGUAUAUUUAUUUUACAGUGUGUGCUGGAACAGAAAACAAACUGAGCUCUCUCUCUGACCUGGAACAGCAAUAUCGUGCCUUGCGUAAAUAUUAUGAAAACUGUGAGGUAGUCAUGGGCAACCUGGAGAUAACCAGCAUCGAGCAUAACCGUGAUCUCUCCUUCUUACGGUCCAUUCGGGAAGUCACUGGGUAUGUCUUGGUGGCUCUUAAUCAGUUUCGUUACCUGCCUCUGGAGAAUUUGCGUAUCAUACGUGGAACAAAACUUUAUGAGGAUCGAUAUGCCCUGGCAAUCUUUUUAAACUACAGGAAAGAUGGGAAUUUUGGACUUCAGGAACUUGGUCUGAAGAAUUUGACUGAAAUCUUAAAUGGAGGAGUAUAUGUUGACCAGAACAAAUUCCUCUGUUAUGCAGACACCAUUCAUUGGCAAGAUAUUGUUCGCAAUCCAUGGCCUUCUAAUUUUACACUGGUUUCAACCAAUGGUAGCUCAGGAUGUGGGCGGUGCCACAAGUCUUGCACAGGCCGAUGUUGGGGACCCACAGAGCACCACUGCCAGAGCUUGACCAAGACUGUAUGUGCAGAACAGUGUGAUGGCAGGUGCUAUGGCCCGUAUGUAAGUGAUUGUUGCCAUCGAGAAUGUGCUGGAGGCUGCUCAGGACCUAAAGACACAGACUGCUUUGCCUGCAUGAAUUUCAAUGACAGUGGAGCAUGUGUCACCCAAUGCCCCCAAACAUUCGUCUACAAUCCAACCACCUUUCAACUAGAGCACAAUUUCAAUGCAAAGUAUACCUAUGGAGCCUUCUGUGUCAAGAAAUGCCCACAUAACUUUGUGGUAGAUUCCAGUUCUUGUGUGCGGGCUUGUCCUAGUUCCAAAAUGGAGGUUGAAGAAAAUGGGAUUAAAAUGUGUAAACCUUGUACUGACAUUUGUCCCAAAGCAUGUGAUGGCAUUGGCACAGGAACUCUGAUGUCUGCUCAGACUGUGGAUUCCAGCAACAUUGACAAGUUCAUAAACUGUACUAAGAUCAAUGGGAAUUUGAUCUUUCUCGUCACUGGUAUUCAUGGGGAUCCUUACAAUGCAAUUGAAGCCAUGGAUCCUGAGAAACUGAACAUUUUCCGGACAGUCAGAGAAAUAACAGGUUUCUUGAACAUACAGUCUUGGCCCCCAAACAUGACAGAUUUCAGUGUCUUUUCUAACCUGGUCACCAUUGGUGGAAGAGUACUGUAUAGUGGCCUCUCAUUGCUUAUCCUUAAGCAACAAGGCAUCACCUCUUUGCAAUUCCAGUCCUUGAAGGAAAUCAGUGCAGGAAACAUCUAUAUAACUGACAAUACCAACCUGUGUUACUAUCAUACAGUUAACUGGACCACCCUCUUCAGCACUCUCAACCAAAGAAUAGUGAUUCGUGACAACAGGAAGGCAGAGAACUGCACUGCAGAAGGAAUGGUAUGUAAUCUUCUGUGUUCAAGUGAUGGCUGCUGGGGGCCAGGCCCAGACCAAUGCUUAUCCUGUAAACGUUUCAGCAGGGGACGGACUUGCAUUGAGUCCUGUAAUCUCUAUGAUGGUGAAUUUCGAGAGUUUGAAAAUGGUUCCAUCUGUGUGGAAUGUGACCCCCAAUGUGAGAAGAUGGAAGAUGGCAUCUUGACAUGCCAUGGACCGGGACCAGAUAACUGCACUAAGUGUUCUCAUUUUAAGGAUGGUCCAAACUGUGUGGAAAAAUGUCCUGAUGGAUUACAGGGGGCCAAUAGCUUUAUAUUCAAAUAUGCUGACCAGGACCGUGAAUGUCACCCCUGUCACCCAAACUGCACCCAAGGGUGUAGCGGUCCCUCUAGUCAUGACUGCAUUUACUACCCAUGGACGGGCCAUUCCACUUUACCACAACAUGCUAGAACUCCCCUGAUUGCUGCAGGAGUUAUUGGUGGACUCUUCAUUCUUGUGAUCUUGGGCCUGACAUUUGCCGUGUAUGUUCGUCGCAAGAGUAUCAAAAAGAAGAGAGCAUUGAGGAGGUUCCUGGAGACAGAGUUGGUAGAACCCUUAACCCCAAGUGGUACAGCACCUAACCAGGCCCAACUUCGAAUCCUAAAGGAAACUGAACUCAAAAGAGUAAAAGUACUUGGAUCUGGAGCAUUUGGAACUGUAUAUAAGGGGAUCUGGGUACCUGAAGGAGAGACAGUAAAGAUACCUGUGGCUAUAAAGAUUCUCAAUGAGACAACUGGUCCGAAAGCAAAUGUUGAAUUCAUGGAUGAAGCUUUGAUCAUGGCAAGUAUGGAUCACCCACACUUGGUACGAUUAUUGGGUGUCUGUCUGAGCCCGACCAUUCAGUUGGUUACUCAACUAAUGCCCCAUGGCUGCCUAUUGGAUUAUGUUCAUGAACAUAAAGAUAACAUUGGCUCCCAACUCCUACUUAACUGGUGUGUCCAGAUAGCUAAGGGAAUGAUGUACUUGGAAGAGAGGCGCCUUGUUCAUCGAGACCUGGCAGCUCGUAAUGUCUUGGUGAAGUCACCAAACCAUGUGAAGAUCACUGACUUUGGUCUGGCCAGACUCUUAGAAGGGGAUGAGAAGGAAUAUAAUGCUGAUGGAGGGAAGAUGCCAAUUAAAUGGAUGGCCCUGGAGUGUAUCCACUAUAGGAAAUUCACUCAUCAGAGUGACGUUUGGAGCUAUGGGGUCACCAUUUGGGAGCUAAUGACCUUUGGUGGAAAGCCCUAUGAUGGAAUCCCAACAAGAGAAAUACCAGAUUUAUUAGAGAAAGGGGAACGCUUGCCUCAGCCUCCUAUCUGCACCAUUGAUGUUUAUAUGGUCAUGGUCAAAUGUUGGAUGAUUGAUGCUGACAGCAGACCUAAAUUCAAAGAACUGGCUGCUGAAUUUUCCAGAAUGGCUCGUGACCCUCAACGAUACCUAGUCAUUCAGGGUGAUGAUCGUAUGAAGCUUCCUAGUCCAAAUGAUAGCAAGUUCUUCCAGAAUCUUCUGGAUGAGGAGGACCUGGAAGAUAUGAUGGAUGCUGAGGAAUACUUAGUGCCUCAAGCCUUCAACAUCCCACCACCUAUCUAUACUUCCAGAGCAAGAAUUGACUCUAAUAGGAGUGAAUUUGGACACAGCCCUCCUCCUGCCUACACCCCCAUGUCAGGAAACCAGUUUGUGUAUAGAGAUGGGGGCUUUGCUACAGAACAAGGAGUAUCUCUGCCAUACAGGGCCACCAGCUGUAUAAUCCCCGAAGCCCCUGUUGUACAAGGGGCCACAGCAGAAAUUUUUGAUGACACGUGUUGUAAUGGCACUCUGCGCAAACAAGUGGCACCCCUUGUCCAGGAGGACAGCAGCACCCAAAGAUAUAGUGCUGACCCCACGGUGUUUGCAGCGGAACGGAGCCCACGAGGAGAAAUGGAUGAAGAUGGGUAUAUGACUCCAAUGCGUGACAAACCCAAACAAGAUUACCUGAACCCUGUGGAAGAGAAUCCUUUUGUUUCUCGGCGAAAGAAUGGUGACCUUCAAGCCUUGGAUAACCCUGAAUAUCAUAAUGCCUCCAGUGGGCCACCAAAAGCAGAGGAUGAGUACGUGAAUGAGCCACUGUACCUCAAUACCUUUGCCAACACCUUGGGAAAUGCAGAGUACCUGAAGAACAAUGGCCUACCUGGACCGGAGAAAGCCAAGAAAGCUUUUGACAACCCUGAUUACUGGAACCACAGCCUUCCUCCUCGGAGCACCCUUCAACACCCAGACUACCUGCAGGAGUACAGCACAAAAUAUUUUUACAAACAGAAUGGACGGAUCCGGCCUAUUGUGGCAGAGAACCCUGAAUACCUCUCUGAGUUCUCCCUGAAGCCAGGCACUGUGCUGCCUCCUCCACCCUACAGACACCGAAACACGGUGGUGUAGGCCUGUUAGCGUUCCAGAAGUGGAGAGACAUUCCCUCUCCAGUGUCCAUGCUCCACCCCUCUUUGGUCCCCCCUCUCUUUCU